AUGAUGCUGGACAGGUUGAGUACAGCACGUCUCUCAGACUUUUACUCUGCGGUGCUGAAGGACUGGCAGCUGCAAAGGUCCAUACGAGAAGGUGGUGUGGUGCCUGGGCUGUGGGUGUGGGAGGAGCCUAUCUUCCACAACCCAGCCAUCCCUUUGAGAUCGGUUCAGUCUGCCACCCUGCAGAGGCAAAUGAUGCAGUGGGAGAGAUUCCUGCAGGAGGUCCAGGAGGCACUGUCUGAACCGGUAAGGGGGGUGUUUGAGCGGCCAAAGAGGGAGGAGCCACCAAUGUUUCCGUCACUACAGGUGAUGGCAGAGACUGGAGACUGGCAAGGGGGUCUGGAGGACUUGUUAGAUUUCAACACUCCAAGCCUGGGGAUGUUUGAGGGGGUGGGAGAUCUUUCUCUUCCAGCCUCUCUGAGCAUCAGUCCUGACAGAUCUCAGUUUUUUAAAUUAGAGUCUCUCUCUCUGAGCUGUGAGGUUCAGGGGAACUCUACUGGAUGGAGAGUGGUGAGGAACGCAGAAAGAGGAAUCCUUACAGAGUGUAAUACUGACUGGGGAAAAGAACAAGGGUCUUCAUGCAUUGUGUCACUAAUACCAUCAGACAGUGGAGUGUACUGGUGUGAGUCUGGGUCUGGAGAACACAGCAAUACUGUCAACAUCACAGUACCUGAUGGAGCUGUGAUCCUGGAGAGCCCUGCCCUUCCUGUGACUGAGGGAGAUUCUGUGACUCUGCGCUGCAGAUAUAAGAGAAUUCCCUCUAACCUCACAGCUGAUUUCUACAAAGAUGGAUCCCUCAUCAGGACUGAGACUACAGGAGAGAUGACCAUCCCUGCAGUAUCCAAGUCAGAUGAAGGACUCUACAAGUGUACCAACUCUAAAGGUGAAUCACCAGAGAGCUGGAUGACUGUGACAGGUGAGAAUAUGAGAAGCCUUGACAUUAAGAUUAUCUGGUUCUUCUUUACACUUUCCAACUCCAGCAGUCCCAGUGUUGUCCAUGUCUCUACCCAGGCUGCUGUGUAG